AUGUCAGAAACACUCAAGAAGUCAUUUGGCCAACAUCUAUUAAAGAAUCCAGGUAUCGUAUCAGUUUUAGUAGAUAAAGCCCGAAUUAGACCUUCAGAUACAGUUUUAGAGAUAGGACCAGGAAGUGGAAAUUUAACACUUAAAUUAUUAGAAAGAUCUAAAAGAGUAGUAGCUAUCGAAACGGAUAAAAAGAUAGCAAGUGAUUUACUUAAACGGGUGGGACAAAGACGGCAAAAAUUACAGUUGGUGAUUGGUGAUGCAAUUGAAGUUGAUUUUCCGGAAUUUGAUUUAUGUGUGGCCAAUACGCCCUAUCAGAUAAGCAGUCCUUUGACUUUUAAGUUGUUAAAAUGUCGGUUUAGAGCGGCUGUUCUAAUGUUUCAACGUGAAUUUGCUUUACGUUUAUGUGCUUCGGUAGGAGAUUCUUAUUACUGUCGCUUAUCUGUUUCUGUGCAGAUAAGGGCUAAUGUGCAACAUGUUAUGAAAGUAUCUAAGAAGAGUUUUAGGCCGCCUCCUAAGGUAGAGUCAAGUAUUGUCCGGAUUGAGCCUAAACGGGAACAGCCUAAUAUAGACUUGAAUGAAUUUGAUGGACUAGUUAAGAUCUGUUUUAGCCGGAAGAACAAAACAAUCGGAUCAAUCUUUAAGCAGAAUGCUAUUCGUAAUCUCUUAUUCAAACGUAGUUCUACUACUACUGCUAAUUUACUAGUCAGUCCAACUGAAGAUAUGGAAGUAGAACUACUAGAAGAACCAGAAUUACCAGAAGAAGAGUCCAAACUAACUCCUGAACAAGAAAAUGCCCUAACUCAAGCCCUAACCAGCAGUCAACUAGAGAAAGAACGAGCGGCUAAAAUGACUCCUGAAGACUUUCUCUUCCUACUUAUCAAGUUCAAAGAGAAUGGCAUAUCUUUUGCCGCCUAA